AUAACAUCCGGUUUAGUUUCCUCCACAACAACCUCGGAAUCUGGUUCUUCAACGAAGACGUCAUUUUCAUCUUUGACUUGAAAAUCAGAGACGUCUUCAACAAUGACAAGCUGGUCGUUGAAGCUUUUCUUUUCCUCUUCAAAAAUUAUUUCUUCAAUCAAAACUUCUGCACGUGAAGCUUCUUCAUUAAUCUUGGCCCAUUCUUCAUACGGUACGGCAUGUUCAUUUGGGCAUAUCCAGUAGAUAUGACCAUAGCCACAACACUUGUAGCACCGUUGAGUUGGCCCUUGCAAUAUAACCUCAUUGGCGUAGAUGAUCUCCAGAUUUUUGAGCGGAUUUUCUUAAUGAAAUUUUUGUGUGAUGAGGCACUGAAUUCAGCCAUUUUCCGUGAACACCUUGAUCAAAGUGCCUCUGUAUCUGCGGAACUGCAGCAGAAGUUACGGUCACUGAAUUCUGAACUGAAGCUUUUGAAAGUGAUUGAACGUGGUGCUAGGAGUACUACAAUGUCUGGUUAUUUUAGACAGCUGGAUGAUGGUUCACAAAGGAAUGUGUUGGUGGAAAACAGUUACAGUUCAACAGACCAUUUAGAGGCAACUUGUGCAUUCUCUGUUAAUGAUCUAAAGUCUACCGAUGCUGAAAAUAAUUUACAAUAUCAGCAAGCUGUCAAAGAUAAGUGUCAAUUGGAUAAUUCUUUUCAGACACAAUGUAGCAAACACUUAGCCAGUUCACAAGAUGGGCUGGUGCAUGACAAUUUGUGUAGUAAUCUUGAUUUUCAGGAGUCACCAGAGGGCAGUUCCAAUACCUUGCCAUGUACUGUCCAGGUCCUGCCUGAGCAUAAUUCCACUAAUUCCUACAAUUGUGUGAAUCAGUCUUCUAAUGCUGGUGAUGUGAAUUUUUCUCAAGCCUUAAACAAUCAACUUGCAUCUCUGAAAGGUGAGAUUCAUUCAUUGCAGGAAUCAAUUGCCUUGAAAGAAGCCGAGCUUCAAAAUGUGUCUGUUAGAAAGGAAUUUUUGGGACGGGAUUCUGAGGGCACACCUUACUGGAUUCUUAGUACAGGUGAUUCUUACCUGCAGAUAGUAGCUAAUUCAGGUGUGAGUUCAAGGCAGAGGAUAUCUCAUAAUUUUUGUCAUUCAAGUUUGGAAAAUUCAAGGCAGACAGGUAGUUAUGGACUGGCAUCUGGAGACAAUUUUGGGAUCCCAAAUCUUUGUCAAUGGACAAUUUACCAAUCUGACCAGGACAUUAAAGAACUUAUGGAAUGGCUCAGAGAUAAUGAUUCAAGAGAGAGAGAGUUAAAGGAGUCGAUUUUCCAGCGCGUGGCCUGUAAAUCCAAGCACUCCAACUUGAUGGAUGGGCUGCUCCAGAAGAAAAAAGAACUAUGCACUUCAGACUCCUCGAAAGGCAGAAGAUAUUCUGAAACUGAUUAUCAUAUUACCAAAGCUAUGACGGUUUUAUCCAAGAAAUAUGGAUCUUGCGAAGAAAUGGAUGGAACGGAAGUCUUGAAGAACCCUGGUUUUCUAGUGAAAGACCUCUGUAAGGGUGGAAUAUAUAGGUGUCUAUGCCUAGAACCAUUAUGGGUUUCUAGGCCUCAUUGCUACUCAUGUCAUCUUACAUUCUCCUCUGCUGAGGAGCUGGCACAGCAUGCCAGUGACAAGUGCAUGCCCAACUCACAAGUGUAUGAGAGUAGCCAGGUAAUAGAACAUCCUUCCAAGUGCAAAAAAAUGACAAAAAGUGAACCCUGUCAAAACAAGUCCUCUGACGGUAAUGAUAUCAAUCAAGCAUCCAUGAGCAGGAGGCUAGCUAAUAUUGAAGAACCUGGAAUGAAGAAACACAGUAGCGAACCUGCUCCCAUUGAACAUCUUGACCAACCAGAAUGUGCAUUAAAUUUUGAAGAGAUCAAAGGGAAAUUCAUUGUUCAAAGUUCUCUCAAGGAGGAGGUGAAGAAAAUAGGUCUGAUUGGCUCGAAUGGUGUUCCAACCUUUAUUCAGUAUAGGUCUCCCUAUCUGGAUUAUCCUGACAUAGGAUUGUUAUCCAUGACAGAAGAUGAGGUUGCCACAAAAGCUACUAAUAAGGAGCAAUCAAAUGCUGGGCCAUGUAUUCCUCCCAAGACCCACGUCAUAGAUAAUCUACCAGGCCAUGCUGAAAAUGGCUUAUUUGAUGAUGAGCUGGAACUUGGGAAUGCAAGAUCGACACUGGCGAGUGAAAGACAAUGUUAUUCUGCCAAUGUUGAUAACCAAGUACCAGGAAUAAAUAAGAGCUUAACUGUUCGUGAGUCCUCUGUAAGACCAUUGGUAGGCAGGGAUCUUGAGAUUCUGAGGCAUCUAAAGAUCAACUUGAUUGACAUGGAUGCUUGUCUACCCCAAGAAGCUCUGAGAGCAUCAAGAUCAGACUCAGACAGAAGAUGUAUUUGGCGCACAUUUGUAAAAUCUGUGGCUACAGUUUAUGAGAUGGUUCAAGCGACGAUCAUACUAGAGGACACAAUAAAGGCCGAGUACUUGAGGAAUGAUUGGUGGUACUGGUCAUCGCCUUCAGCUGCUUGCAAAAUAUCUACCCUGUCUGCCCUUGCUCUCCGCUUAUAUGCCCUUGAUUCAGCCAUCUUGUAUGAGAAACACCUAGCUGAUGAAGAGGGCAUAAAGCCAGAAUGUAGAUCAGCGAAAGCAGCACCUCGGAGUUCCAAAUCAAGUAGUCCAAUUCAAAAGCUGCUUGAUUCAGAUCCCGCUGAGAAUCCAAAACCAAAAACCAGAUCCAGCAAGAGAAGAAAAGACUCUGGUGGUUGAAACGAUACGCCCCUUUUCUGAACCAAAGUGGAUUGAUCUUGUGCCUGCCCUGAUGACAUGGACGUGCCACUUUGAUUUUAAUGUUGGCCACCCUGAUUCAAGGAGUUGACGCCUCUGGCACAUUCCAGUAUUUUCAUAUACAUGGAUCUGCUUUUUGCCACCAGUUUUCCUUCCAUAUACAAAUUUAAGGCUUUUGCAUGCAUGUUACUUGAGAGUGGUACCCUGCAUUUUCCUCGCCGUCAUUUUUAAGCGGUGUGAAAAAGUUCUAUACAAAAUGGUGACCUAAGGAUAUCCAGAAACCUGUCAUUGGGUGGAGUAGCAGAAGGUCCGGUGCUCAUAAUUUCAAAUGGACGAUAUUUGUGCCCUUGAAAAAAAUAUAAAAGGUCAGUGACUAAGGUAAAACCGUAUCUAUAUGUACAAGCAAAGGUUUAGCAGUUGUAUGUUUGUAGGAUUGUAGCCAAUCAUAUGUAUAGAAAUUACAGAUAAUGUCUCAAGCUAUGCCUCCUCCCCCUGCUGAACAAUGUAAAAUUAGGUUGUGCCAUUGUAUUUUCUCUAAACAAGCCUAUCUUCUCAUUACCUUUUUUAACAUUUAAAAUACCACAACUACCCCCACUUACUUUAUUUAUUACACCUUUUCCACCUUAUUUAAUACACCCCACCCAUUUUCAUUAAGGGUAUUUUGGUAAACUUUCACCUUUUUUCAACUCUCCUUAAAAACCGCAAAAAAUCAAAACGAGAAGAUCUU